AUGUCUAACCCUCCUUGGAGCCUCCAUUGUUCCUCACCCCAAUUGCGUCUCCCUCACCCACCGCUGCAGUGCCCUACCUCGUGCAUAGCAGCGGACACCCGCAGCAACGCGUCUCUAUCCCCCACGGGCGACCCCGGCAUGGAUGGCCUCGUGUCUGUCUUGGCCCACGAGCUUGCAGAGGCGGCUGCCAGCCCCUUCGUCUACACGUGGUUUGACAGCGACGGGGAGGAGAACGCCGAUAAGUGCUCGUGGACGCCCCUCUAUCAAAUACAAACUGGUGGGGACAACGCCUCCAAUUUCCUCCCCUCCUCCCCACCACCACACUCCCCCUCUUUCCCCCCACUUUGCCCUUCUUCCUGUCUCUCUCUGCCUCGCCUCUGCAGGUUCGCCCCCAUUCUCAUGGACCCAUCAGGAGCACGCUACAACCUGGUGGGGGUCAACAACACCAAGUUCCUCAUCCAACACAACUGGGACCUCGCAACUGCCUCCUGCCACCUCACCCUCCCAUACCCACCACCCCUCUCUCCUCCUCAUCCACUCUCUCCCCACCUCCUGCGCCCUUUGCCUGCCUCCCCACCCCCUGGAGCGAUAAAGCAAGCGGCAAAGAGCAUUGUGUGA